AUAUUUUUUAAUCUUAAACUAAGCAUUACUUUAUUAUGUAACAAGAAGUACGAACGAAAUGAAAUAAUAAAAUGAAACAAAUAAGGAAAAAAGAAAACUUAAAAGAAUUUAACUUAAAAAGAUCGUCGUCCUUGGUGUUGUCUGAAAAUCAUCUAUUCUUAUAAUACAUACACAGAGACAAAAUUGUUGUAAGAAAAAACUGGACAGCUCAAGGAGAACUUAAAGUCUGAUGACAUUGUAAAAAAACAUAGAGAGAGAGAGAGAGAGAGAGAGAGAGAGAAGAAAGAAGGAAAGAACAAAACGGAGAAUAGUAUCUCGAGGCUGUAGUUAAAUUACUAGUACAGACAAAGAAAGAAAAGGAACAAUACUAAAAGUUGUUUUGCGUUAUGGAAGGAGAAAAAGGAAGAGUAGUAGUAAGAGUAGUAAGAGUGGGAGAGAAAGAAGAAUUGAGAGUUUGAUACAAAGAAGGAAGGAAAAAGCGUCCAAGCAUAAGGGAUUCGAAAAUGCGAGUCAUCGUCGAGGGCACUUUGUGAAAAAAUAAAAAAGAGCGAGAAUUAAAGCGGCUGAAUAAACGGAUAACGUGAUAAAGUACUUACAAGCUUAAACCUUCCCAUCUUUUCUUGCUCCUAAAGAAUCAUUUUACUUCAACAAAAAUUCCUUCGGGAGCGAAUUAGAGAAAAAGAGAAAGAAGGAGUUGUAGAAUGAGUUGAAAAAAAAAAAGAUGUUCCUCGAAGAGACAGCCAAGAUAAAGCUAACGAGAUCCUUAUCACGAGUCUGGCAUAUCCAGCGAGGAUAAACAUUCAUACAUCUUUCAUGACAUCAAUAUAGGAUUUAAUACUUCGUAGGAUCAGAAAAAUCUCUAUGAACAUGCAUACGAGUACACAAAGUGUCCCACGCAAAAAACGAGCGUCGCGACGAUGAGUGACAUGCUGUCAUUGAACGCAGCCGCAAGUCGCGUAACACAGCUGACAAGGGAGAAGGAGGAGAAACGUGCUCAAGAGCGCCGUAGAAAUCUUCUACAUCUCGUUGCUGCAUUUUUGGGAGAGCAAGGAUAUACUAAUUCAGUCGAUACGCUCAUCAAAGAAGCCCAAUUGUCUCGCGAUAUCCAAAUUUGCGACAACGUCGAUCUGGAGAUCAUUUUGUUGGAAUAUUCGGAUUAUCAUUAUGCGAGGUUCAAUAAGUAUCCGAAAUUAUGUAAAAAAAUCGAAUCGACUGGCAAAAUCAAUCAUGUUCAUAACACGGUAAAUAAAAGGGACAGAGGUGGUGGAAAGAGUCAUUUCAAAGCCGACGAUGAAAAUGGAACAUCAAAGAAUAAAGUUCCAUCGUCGAAGCCAACGACGAAUGGAGUUGCCAUCGAAGAAUCAAAUUUCGGCAUCACCGUAAUGUCCAUUUUUCCAUCGGAAAACGCUCCUUCAAAAGCGAUUGGUUAUGACUUUAUUUCCGAUAAUGAAAGAACAUUAAAGCCUAUCGGAGAUCUAUAUCCGUCUGGCUCGGAAUGGAGAGAAAUCGCAGAAAUUAUUUCAAGAGAGAUUGUACUGAGAGAUUUGAACGUCCAUUGGAACGAUAUCAAGGGUUUAACAAAAUGCAAAAUGUUAUUAAAAGAAGCAACCGUUUAUGCGAUCAAAUAUCCUGCAUUGUUCAAUGAAAAACUUGGUCCUUGGAAGGGUAUAUUGUUGUACGGUCCACCGGGAACAGGCAAAACUAUGCUUGCCAAAGCAGUUGCCACUGAAUGUCGAGCUACCUUCUUUAAUAUUACGUCGAGCUCUUUAAUUAGUAAAUGGAGAGGUGAUUCAGAAAAGUACGUUAGAGUCCUUACCGACCUCGCUAGAUUUUAUGCUCCAACAAUAAUAUUUAUCGAUGAAAUCGAUUGGACGACCACAAAUACUGAUAACGAUUGUUCUUCAAUGAAUUCUGAACCUGCCAGACGAUUUAGGGCAGAACUUCUUGCCAGAUUAGAUGGAUUACUGUCUACAGAGAAUGUGAAUGUUACUCUUUUAGCUGCUACGAAUGUACCAUGGAAUCUAGAUGCUGCUUUGUUAAGACGAUUGGAGAAACGUAUUUUUGUCGAUCUGCCAAAUUACGAAAGUCGCUUAGAAAUUUUACGAACGUAUGUUGAAAGCGAUCUACAUGUGACGGAGGAGUUCAAAUCGCUUUUAAGAGAUACAGAGGGUUAUUCAUGCGCUGACCUAAAAUUACUCUGCAAAGAAGCAUGGAUGAAUCAAUUGCGACCCAUUUUUAAAUCUCUUGAACACAAGAAGAUUGCACCGGAUGAAGUACAAAGUAAUGGUGUAAUAGUUAACAUUGCACAUCUCGUAGACGCAAUGACGUUUGUAAAACCCAUUGUAAAAUAUAUGAAACCACGAUAUAUACAAUGGAAUAAAAACUUCGGUUCUUCUACCUGCGAAAUUUAGCACACGCG